GGCCUAGUCUCCCGUCCGUCAGCGCUAUUCCUGAUACACUGAUGGGACGCUGACGGCGGUGGGCUGGCGCAGCUAAGAAAAUUAUAAGGUCAUUUGAAUUACGCUUGCUAGCGAGCUUAUCUGCUACAAUGAACCCAGAAAUGAUAUCAUGAUUGUGACAAUGAACGGAUGAUGAUCGUGGGGUCAAAGUCGACGCGCAUAGUCAGGCGUAUUUGACUCCCGGCCCACCGGAUGAGAGAGCAGCAGCAGCAGCAGCAGCACCAGCAGCUCGUUGUGGUAUUACAACAGGAGGGGAUCCCGGUGUGAGCCUCUGUCAAGCCAAGCGAACAGCGGUGAGGAGCACAGAGAGCGACCAGGCUAGCCUGUAAGCCGAUCAAGAGAGAAUAGCACCAAACGAGUUUCACGUCUGGGAUUUCAUGCUGUGACGGUGUGAACGAGGUGCAAGGAUGAUUCGUCUAGCGUGUUCCACAGCCCUGUUGUUCGUGUUGAGGCUGCUGGUGGGCUUGCCUUGGUACCAGGUUCUCCCGGCCAUCCUGAUCUUCUACCUGGGAAGCGGAGGAUGGAGCUUCCUGCAGAUUUUUGCCAAAACAAUUGGCAGAGACUUACAUGCGGCAGUUGUGCUAUUAAAGGUGAAGAUGAAUGUCAGACGUCACCUCAGAGAGAAGAACACCAUUCCUAAGAUCUUUGCUGAAACGGUGCAACGCCACGGGGACAAAACAGCACUGAUCUUUGAGGGAACUGGGGAAACAUGGACCUUCAAACAGUUGGACGAAUACUCCAACAGAGUGGCCAACCUGCUGCUGGAACGGGGUUUCAAGGAUGGCGACGUGGUGGCCCUUUUCAUGGAGAACAGGUCUCAGUACGUGGGCCUCUGGCUGGGCAUGGCCAAGAUCGGAGUAGAAGCUGCGCUGAUAAACUUCAAUUUGAGACUAGAAGCCUUGGUCCACUGUGUCACCAUCUCCAAUGCCAAGGCUGUGGUGUACGGCUCAGAGCUGAACGAUGCAAUGUCUGAGGUCCACAGUUUAAUGGGGAAGAAGGUGCAAUUGUUUUGCUCCGGAGACUGGGACCCCAAACGAGUCCCGCAGGGAACUGAGUGCCUGGAGCCCCUGCUGGACGGUGCCCAGACUCACCUGCCAAGCCGGCCGCAGCGCUGCUUCACAGAUCGCCUGUUCUACAUCUACACGUCAGGAACCACCGGGAUGCCUAAAGCUGCUAUUGUUGUGCACAGCAGGUACUACCGCAUGGCAGCCUUAGUCUAUUACGGCUUUAGGAUGACUCCAGAGGAUGUGUUGUAUGAUUGCCUUCCACUCUACCACUCUGCAGGUAACAUUGUGGGAGUGGGCCAGUGUUUAAUCCAUGGCAUGACUGUAGUCAUCAGAAAGAAGUUCUCUGCCUCACGCUUCUGGGAUGACUGUGCCAAAUACAACUGCACUAUUGUGCAGUACAUUGGAGAGAUCUGCCGAUACCUGUUGAACCAACCUGUCAGGGACAUGGAGCAACAACAUCGGGUGCGCAUGGCCCUGGGCAAUGGCCUGCGCCAGUCCAUAUGGGAGGAGUUCAUGAAGCGCUUCAAUAUCCCACAGAUCGCAGAGUUCUACGGAGCAACAGAGUGCAACUGCAGCCUGGGCAACUUCGACAACAAGGUUGGAGCAUGUGGCUUCAACAGUCAGAUUCUCCCCUUCGUCUAUCCCAUCAGACUGGUGAGGGUUGAUGAGGAGACGAUGGAGCUCAUCAGGGGACCUGAUGGCGUCUGUAUUCCCUGUAAACCCGGUGAACCUGGGCAGCUAGUCGGCAGGAUCAUUCAGAAUGACCCUCUUCGGAGGUUUGAUGGUUAUGUCAACCAAUCAGCAACGAGCAAGAAGAUUGCUCAAAGUGUAUUCAAGAAGGGGGACAGUGCCUAUCUCUCUGGUGAUGUGCUGAUCAUGGAUGACUGCGGCUCUAUGUUCUUCAAGGAUCGCACAGGAGACACUUUCCGCUGGAAAGGAGAGAACGUCUCAACGACCGAGGUGGAGGGGACUCUCAGCCGGCUGCUCGACAUGAAGGAUGUAGUUGUUUAUGGCGUUGAAGUACCAGGAGCAGAGGGAAAGGCUGGAAUGGCCGCCAUCGCUGAUCCGUCUCACUCCACUGACCUGGAGAAGUUUGUAAAGGACAUGGAGAAGGCUCUCCCUCCGUACGCCAGACCUGUAUUCCUUCGCUUCCUUCCGGAGGUCAACAAGACAGGAACGUUCAAGUUUCAGAAGAUGGACUUGCGUCGGGACAGCUUCGACCCCACUGCGGUGUCAGACAGACUGUACUUCCUGGAUUCCAGAAGAGGGUGUUAUGUGCAGCUGGACGAGGAGCUUUAUCGCUCCAUACUGUCGGGGAAAAACAAAUUGUGAUGAUCAGGCUGACCACUAUAUCCACACACGUACACAUAGACACACGCACAUACAGAAAAGAAGACGAUAUUGUGUGACCAGGAUAGCAGAAUGCAGGACCUUGUCCCCAUAAUAAAAUACAUGUAAAGUAACAGCCAUACAUACUCAAAUGCCAACACAUUUACAUACACACAUUGUAUUCCCCCCAAAACUCCCUAAAUCCCUAAAGGAAAACUCGUGCACGCCACAAACACAGCGUUACUCCAUCCAUCCCCGCCACCUCCUCUCGCUACCUCAGCAAACGCAGAGAGAGGCACAAAAGCUAGUAACCAGGUCUAUUUGGUAACUUGAGACUACCCUUCAAAGCCACACAUUCCCUGUCCAUACCGGCCUCAAACAGCCACGUCUGUCCAUCCUGGUCCAUCAAACCACCAUGUGUUGCUGGGGGACACACCAUGGGAGGGAUGCGGAGUACAGGCUGCCUGGCAUCCAGAAUGCAAAAAACUUUAAACUACAGAUAUCCACAGACUUAAAGGAUGCUGAGAAGGAACAUGGAUUCAGUACAAAAAAGUGUGUGUGUGUGGGACAACGGAGGGACCUAAUGAGGACCUAAACUGUCUUUGUGUUUGUUGUUUUGGGAAAAUCUGGAGGCUCUACUGUCGACUUCACCUGCACAAUUAGCCAGCAGUGACAAACCUGUGUGACGACUACAGCCUUCCUCUAUCUGAGGUUAACUGUAUACAAGUAUUUCCUGCACCUCUCUGCUCUCCUUUGUCUCCAUUUCCACCCUCGCUCUGCAGAGCUUGAGAUAAAAAUGAGGAAAGGACACCACGUUUUUUUUGUAAAAAAGAAAAAAGCGAACAACAUUUGGAUGAUAGGGAUUUUGGAAAGUCUUUUACAUGUAACCUGCGGUUAAAGACGUUCACUUAGACCAGUGGUUGAAGCUAAAAGAUCUACUAAAGUGCAAUAGGGCUCCAGCGUUUGCAGUGCAAUAAUCAGCCGCACCACAUGAGAGCUGAUAUAAAACAAAGCUUUGUAUUUAAAUAUGUCUGCAUCACACCAAAUAUAUUUAAGCUGUAGUGUUUGUUUAUAUAUUUAAGAAAUUAAGAAGAUUUUAGUAAUUUAUGUUGUUUUAAGAGCCUUCUCUUUUUGUGAUAGUGCAAAUGUAUCAGGUAUUCUUUGCUUUACAUGUAUCCAAAUCAGUAACUCUUGGAGUCCUCAAAAAUGAACCUGCAGUAUGCAUUUUA